CUAUGGUUUACUUACCAGUUAAUUGUGUCCUUUUAAAGAAUAAGGUUAAGUGUUAAAUGCAGUUGAUUAAUGUAUAAAUAUUAGUAUAAAUCAUGUCUUUGUAUGAUGAUUUUGAUAAGCAUCGGACCACAGAGAAGGUCGCGGGGUGGUCUUCCGGUAUUAAAUUGCUGCAAUCGCAGUUACAACUGAAAAAGGCCGCUACGACACAGCCAAAGCGUGAACAAUACAGGAAGGCUACUGCAGUACUUGCACCGGUGAUAGAUUUGAAGUCAAAAGCCAAUCGAGACGUGGACAGAGAGGAUGAUAGCGGUUCUAACAAUCCGCUGUCUACCGGCAACAUAGGAGUAGGUAGUGAAUUUGACUGGAAUGUGGUAAACGAAUACGAUCCCAUGUGGCCUAAUGAGUACGAGAAGGUUGUGAAAGAAUUACGUGACAUUAGGGACAGAGAGCACGAUCAAGAGACAGAAAUGCGCAAACGUAGGAGAGAUAAUACACGCUUUGAAGACACACAGCAACAGCCUGCUGCUGGUAACAGCACAAUGAUACCUCCUGAAAGAGACGAAGAGAGAACACCAACCUCAAGAGCUGUAAUCGGAGGAGCUGCUAUAGCACCACCACCAUCGUUACAAGAGUCGUCGGAAUUGCCACCUCCACCACCGCGACAACAGCAGCCUAGUGCUAGUGCUAGUGCCAGUGCUAGUGCUAGUUUGGGCUACGCGACAUCUUCUGUGGCAGCGAAAAUAAUGGCCAAGUAUGGCUUUAAGGAAGGACAAGGUCUUGGUAAGAAAGAACAGGGCAUGUCCGUAGCACUGCAGGUUGAGAAAACCAGUAAACGUGGUGGAAGAAUAGUUGGGGAAAGAGAGCAAUUAAUGCCUCCACCACCGCCUCUCACGGCUUCCCCACCACAGUCGCAAUCGCAAUUACUGCUACAAAUGCAACAGCCACAGGAAGAACCCAGCAUCACCGAGAUAAUGAAAAGUCCAAGCAAGGUUGUACUGUUACGCAAUAUGGUCGGCCCCGGAGAGGUGGAUGAUGAUCUUGAACCGGAAGUGAAAGACGAGUGUAACACCAAGUACGGCGACGUUGCACGUGUUAUUAUUCACGAAGUGAUUGAGGCUGCUCCAGAAGAGGCAGUGCGAAUCUUUGUCGAGUUUAAGAGGAUAGAAAGCGCUAUCAAAGCCGUGGUCGAUUUAAACGGACGUUUCUUCGGCGGUAGGCAAGUCAAAGCGGGAUUCUAUUCUAGUGAAAAACUCGAUAAUUUACAAUUAAUGGACUAACUUAACAAGUUUUAUAUGUAAGGGCUGUAAACAUUUAGUUCAAUAUCAUUCCCCUUAUAUCAAAACCAUAAAUGUGCAAAUUUUCUUCAAUCUCGUUUGUGAAAUUUAUUUUGUGCUACUUGAUUUUGUAUUUACCGAGCUUCAAAGCCUACUUUAGAUCAGUGCUCGGAAUUACUUCAGCUUUUUAGCCGAUUCUCACGGCACACGCCUCCUUUCCUCUCCUUACCGCGCGCACCGCAGCCACUUGGGCCAGCGCCGUCGAGCGUUAGGAAGAGCGCUAUCCGAUUAAUGUUGGAUUCUUCUCUCUUGAUCGUUAAAAGUUAAAAAAAUAUUUUUUUCCUUAAUAGCAAUAGUACCUCAUGGGUGACGUAGAAAUCUAUUGAAAUAUUUCCAUAUAAUAAAUUUAAAAAUGCAAAAAAUAUUUUAUAGCGCCGCUUCUAACGCUCGGCGACGCUGGCCCAAUCGGCUGCGGCGCGCGCGAUAAGGAGAGGAAAGGAUGCGUGUGCCGCGAGAAUCGGCUGAAAAGCUGAAGUAAUUCCGAGCACUGCUUUAGAUAAUACGCACGAAAUAAAUUUCACAAAGAAAAACGAGGUUGAAGAAAAUGUACACAUUCAUGGCAUAAGAGGAACGAUAUGAUCUUGUUUCUUUCAUGAACUGUACAAAUAUUUUAUAUUUCAUCCUUAUCAUAAUAAUGUUAAUUUCGUUAUGUAUAUGUGCUUAGCGAGAAUAUUUAUGACAAAUUGUAAAAAAAUAAAUUUUUCAAUUAUGAUAU